ACAAUCAAAGUUCUAGGAUCCGAAUGAGACAAAACUGAACAGGUAAUUUCAGUUACUAUGUCCUGGCUCACAAACACAUUGAGUUGUUAUUAUUGAAGUAUAGCCGAAGCAAAUGGCGGACGCAAGCCCACGUGGAGGCAACUUGUUUGUUUGUUCCCACGAAACAUGUGGGAAAUCCUUCCAUAAAAAGAGCAGAUUGCUGAUACAUUUACGUUCUCAUACCGGAGAGAGACCAUUUGUCUGCAGCCAUGAAAGUUGUGUUAAAAGUUACAGCAGAGCGGCCCAUCUCAAGAGACAUGUUGACUUCACACAUAGAGAUCAGGCCACGGACACCAACCAGCAAGUCAGGUGUCAAGUUAAAGAUUGUGACAGCAAAUUCUCCAACCAGUGGAACCUUGCCAGGCACGUGAAGAGGAAGCAUGAGUCGCCCAGCAGAUAUGUGUGCCCAGAGGAGGGGUGUGGGAAGGUCUGUAAGUCUCACAAGCACCUGCGGCGCCAUCAUCGGGAGCACCUGCUUGAGAACUCGUACAGGUGCCCAAAGGAGAAUUGUGGAAAGGUUUUUAGCUGUGAGGCCAAUCUGAAGAGGCAUCAAAAGAUGCAUGAUGGGUAUCUGUGUCAAGUGCCAGGAUGCCAGGAGAAGUUCGAGACGUGGUCACUCGUGCGGAAACAUGUGGCACUGCAGCAUAGUGCUCUAAACUGCCCUGAGUGUGGGAAGAAGUUCCUGAAUAAGUUUAAUCUGAAGAAGCACCUGCCAGUCCACAUGGAAGAGAGACCUGUGUUUGAGUGCAGCAGGGAUAACUGUGGGCGCAUGUACCUCAGCAAGAAGAACCUGCAGGCUCAUGUCAGAUCCUACCAUGAUGGGAAACGCAUUCCAUGUGAGCAUCAGGGCUGUGACAGGACCUUCUCCUACCGCAACAAGAUGCUUCAACAUUUGAGUCUCCAUGAUGCAAACAGACCUCUGCCUAAGAAAAAGGUGAAGAAACAUAGGAAACCACGAAAGAAACCACGAAAGAAACCGCGGGGAGGGAAGGACAUGGCUGCUUCUCUCUGCGGGCUGGAAGGACGUCUUGAGGUCGGGAGUCCUGACCCGGGGCUGCAUCUCCUUCCUGAUGAUGAGGACAAGGUCGACCUGUCUGGGUAUGACAGUGAUAUCAAGGAGACGUCAUCGCAGGCAGCGUCUUCAUAUACUACAACUCAGGUGGAAGAAUCUAGUCUUGGUGAUCAGUCUAUCUCUGCGGAUUCAGCAUUACAUUCAAGAGUUAUUUCGUCAGAGGCAGAAAUUCUGUCAGAGUUAAGCCAUACAUUUGUGAAAGGACCAAAAUUGAAGAGAUUCAGUUCUGAACGUGUUGUGUCUCUGUUUUGCAGUGAAUCAGAAACAGAAUGUGAUUUGGUGUUGUCGUCCAAAGGGUCUAUAUUGAAAGUGUCUCCAAAGACAGAUAGUUUGGAUGAGAAACAAUUGUUUGACUUUGUCAGUGACUUGCCGUGUUGUGAAAAAACAGCCAUUGCUUGGCAGUUGACCUUGAAUCACAUGGCAGAGCGAGAUGCAGAAACUGCAGACUUGGACAAAUGUAAAAAUUGCAUCCUUGCUGAGAAAAACAAGUUUGGUGCUAAAAACUGUGACUUAGAGAAUUUGUCUACUGUUGUGACAGACAUUCCUGUGACAGACAUUCCUGUAACUUUUGGUGGUGAAACAGUUGAACAUGUUGAUGACAUUGAAUCAGAUGUGAACACAAAUGUUGCUUCUGCCACUGAAACAAGUGAGAAUGUUGAUGUGGACCUUGAGGCUCAUGAAGGGCAUGGGAUGGCCAUAGAUGUCUAGAACACUGACCUACUCUAGAUAGCACCAGGGGAGGUACAACAUUGUCACACUGUCACUGGUUUCUCUUGUAGAAAUGACACACUCCCUUUUAGGAAAAUUCCCAAACUUUUCAGUUUUCUUCACUUCUUUCCAGUAGGCAUGUAUGUGCAUUGAAGAUCAUGGAUGUCAGGUUAGUGUCUUGUGUGAUGGUGCCAGCAUGUCAUGUCAUGUCAUGUCAUGUCAUGUCUGUCUUGUGUUGGCACUGUGACUGUCUAUGUGACUAUCUGUGUCUAGUGUUUGACAGUUUAUAUAUAGUUUAAAUAAUCUGAGAACACUAACAAAACUUGGCAUAACAAAUAUGUUUAUGAGAAAAAAACCUGGUAAGUGCAAUUUUCCUCUUGGUGCUGAUGCCAUAGUUUGAUCGAGUCACAGUUUGCCCUCAGUGUUCUCAAACGAAUGUGAACUUCUCAAGCAAGUUACUUUCGAAGCGUAUCUUUAUGCAUUUGUUACAAUUUUAUUUAUGCGAACUUUCAUUUUUAUUAAAAUGAUAGUUUUGAUAUUUGACAACACCGAUGUUUAAAGAAUGAUCAUAAUCAUAUUAAAACUAGUCCAUUU